CCGUGGCGCAGCGGAUGCGGGCUGGGGUCGUGGCCGGGAGUGCCGGGCAGGUGGAUCCUGAACCUGUUUUAUUCUAUGCAUGGCUCCAACCGAACAAGAUAAUAGGAGGUAGGUAGGUAGGUGUUCAGAUGUUCAGAAGGAUAGGCGGAAAGAUAGAUGGUCUAUGGAUAGAUUGACCCAUCCCUGCACAUCUGAAGUACAGCCAUCAAAGUGCUGUCCACAAUCCUCCCCUAUUUGGCUUUAUCCUGGCUUGUUUGUAACAAGCCCUGGGAACCUGGAAAUAAGAAUCUGCUUUCAGGCAGUCAUUUGAUUUCCUCAAUAAAGCUGCAUUCGAUUACUCGGGCUGUUUAUUAGCUCUAAAUCAGAUGUGUUUCUGUACAGCGAAAAGCAAUCAUUUUUCCAAUUGGCCUUGCUCAUACACACAAAAGGAUGCAGCAAGAGCCUGCAGAUAAUAUAACAAGGUUCUUACUUGUGGAAAUUUUUGAUAAACAUCAAUGUCAAGAUUUCAGUAUUCACAAAAAUAACAGAAAUGUAAUUUUUUUAGGUCAUGCUUUUGCAAGUCACAAGUUUAAAUAUCAGCCAACUGCUGCUAUUAACAAGAAUAUUCCCUGAUAAUUUUCAUAUUUUUUCAAGAUGAGUCAUAAUAAGCUAUUUCCCAAGCUUUCCAUUCAAUCUCCUGUCCAUCAUACCAACUUAAGUAUCCAGUCUUCAGAUCCACCUUUUAAGAGAGACCUAAAUCGGAUUUCAAAAGACUCCUUAGAAUCAGAUUCAGAAAACCUCAUGCAAGAGAUUAAAUCCCAGUCUGAAGUUGAGGGCCAAGACCAGGACAAAGAUAUGGAGCCUGACAGCUUAGAGGAAGACACCCCUGGCCAGGAAAGCCUGAGCGAGACAGAAGAGGAGGCCAGCAGGAGAGCAGCUCAAACGGCCCAAGAGAAAGACCUCCACCUUGGGGACAGUGGCAUGAACCGCAGUCAGCAGCCGACAAACGACAAAUACUCAGACCUGCGCUACGAUCCAAACUGGAAGAAGAAGCGAGAGGAGGUGCAGUUGUUGGCAGGGGAGGCGGCGCCCAGGUCUGCAGGCAGCUCUUCCGAAAACCUGCCCUCCGCUCCCCUCUACCCCUCCAAAGAGCCGUCCGUGGAACUCUCCGGCGGAACCAACCAGGAGAAAAGGAGCUCUCAGAGCGCAGUCUCCCUACUGGGAAGUGAGUUUUUAAGCCCAAACUAUGAGCACAGAGACCACCGCAAUGAGUCGUCGUUAGAGCUGAGUGACAGCGAGCGGGAAGAGUCCAGCAACCUCUCUCAGAACCCCAAGAGUUCAAGUUCACAUAAUGAGGUUUUCCUGCCAGGGUCACGUGGCCGUAGGAGAAAGAAGCCCAAACAAUACUUUGUGGAAAAGAACAAGCUGACUUUGGGAUUACCCAUUCCUAAAACAGACUCCUAUCUUCAACUUCACAAUAAAAAAAUGGGAGAGACUCACCUAGGGCAGGUCUCCUACCCCAUCAGAGUGGCCAGCAAGAUGACUAUUGAGAACGCCAAGGAGAUUGAAAACACUGCCAUCGAUCCAGAGGACAAAUGGCAUCAAAGAGCCAGGCAGCUAAAGGAUCUCCAGGAACACUGGUCUCAACAGCCCAACAACGUGCCCAGAGGCCAGUCCUCUGAACCCACCCAAGGCCCGCAGCCAUGGCCAAGGCCAGCCAGACCCAAGGCUCGCAAACAGCACAAACGCCAGGGCGUCCUGCCUUCUUUCAGCAAAGAGGAGCUCAUGGUCAGUCACGGAAGGCAGAGCACUCCUCAGCAGCAACAAAACCCAACUCAGCCUUUUGAGAUCUCAGCAAAGCAUGAGUCCACCGCGCUUCUGAAUUCCUCCAACAGCGAUGUACCAGACACGAGGACCCUUAGGGGCCAGCACCCCACACUCCUUUCCAACAUCUUUGUUCCACCGAGUCAGGCUUUUGACAAGGUGUUCCAUAAAAACUCUAAUGGCUAUCACUCCAUGCUGAACCUUAAUAAAGAAAGAAGGCGCAGACAUGAAGAAAAGAAAAGCUUUUCCUAUCAGCAGCUACCCAUCUCUACUCUUGGUGCCAUGGAUCUGAACAACCUUAAUGAACUCUCUAAGAGACAUGGGCUCCUCAGCCAGAAAGGGCCUCUGUCUCUUCAUGACUUGGAUGUUCACAGGUCGACAAAGCAUAAGAAACCAGCCACACAGCCUUCCCCAGAGACGAAAUACAAGAACUUAGAAAUGUUAUGGAAAUUCCACUCUUCCUCGGAGAGAGAGCCCGGCAGCGCCUCCCCAGACUCGCGGCUCGCCCACGUCAUGGAGCAGCACCAGCAGGCCCUGGAGCAGCUGGCCGAGGUGCAGCCCAGCCCGGGGCCCCCGCCCGGCCUGCUCGCCUUCCCGCCCAUCCUGCCCCGCGGGGAGAGCGAGUGCCAGCUCUGCCCCGCGCGAAGCCACAGGCCCCCGAGGAGACUCAACCGGAGCAGCUCGGAGGGCUACCUGUCUCAGCUGGAGAAGGGGGCGAGGCCCAGGAAAAGGAGCGGCACGAAGAGUUCUAAGCUGAAGGGCUAUCAGAAAAGGGACGUGAAACUUGGAGGCCUGGGACCUGACUUUGAGUCCAUCAGAGACAAAAUGCAAAAGUUGAUGCAGCAGAAGGAAUAUGCGAAACAAGUCAAGGAGUACAACAUGAAGACGCUCCCCGCUCCCUCCAAACCGCAGACGGCCAAAGCGGAGAACAAGUCCGCUCUCCCUCGGCACAAGGCUCUGGAAUACGCGAAGACCAUCCCCAAACCCAAACCAUCGAAUCUCACAGAUCAGGGAAGCAAGAAAAAGACAAAAGCGAACCAUGUUGCGAGGGAAGAAGGUUUACCGGAGAUCUCGCUGCUGGAGAUACUGCAGACCAGACAUGAGAGAGAAAAGCAGGCCGUGGCUGCCUUCAAAGUCCUCCACAUUGUCUAGACAACACUUGGUGGGGACCCAAAGCAUUCGGGGAACUGAUGGAGGAAACCGCCAG